AUGCUGUAUCUAGUCGGGCUGGGCUUAGGAGAUGCCAAGGACAUCACAGUGAAAGGGCUGGAGACGGUGAGGCGGUGUCACAGGGUGUACCUGGAGGCCUACACGUCCAUCCUCACGGUGGGCAAGGAAGCGCUGGAAGAGUUUUAUGGAAAAGAAUUGAUUUUGGCUGACCGAGAAACAGUGGAACAAGAAGCAGACAGCAUUUUAAAAGAAGCUAAUGUUUGUGAUGUCGCGUUUCUUGUAGUUGGUGAUCCUUUUGGGGCCACAACACACAGUGAUUUAAUACUACGUGCAGUAAAAUUGGGGAUUCCAUAUGAGGUCAUUCAUAACGCUUCAAUAAUGAAUGCAGUGGGCUGCUGUGGUUUACAGUUGUACAAUUUUGGAGAAACAGUUUCCAUCGUUUUCUGGACAGACACAUGGAAGCCAGAGAGCUUUUUUGACAAGAUCCAGAGGAACAGGCAGAAUGGAAUGCACACACUGUGCUUACUUGAUAUUAAAGUGAAGGAGCAGUCUCUGGAGAAUCUAAUGAAAGGUAGAAAGAUUUAUGAGCCACCACGCUAUAUGAGUGUCAAUCAAGCUGCAGAACAGCUUCUUGCCAUUAUUCAAAACAGAAGGCUCCAAGGAGAAGCAGCAGACAUGACUGAAAACACCAUUUGUGUUGGCCUUGCCCGGGUGGGUGCUGCAGACCAGAAGAUUGUUUCAGGCACACUGCAUCAGAUGUCCACAGUGGAGUUAGGUGGUCCACUGCAUUCCUUGAUUGUUACUGGCACUAUGCAUCCUCUGGAACUGGAAAUGCUUAAGCUUUUUUCUGUAGAUAGUUCUAGCUUUGAAAAUAAUGCAUUUCAAUGGACCAAAAAAUAA